CCUCUCCCCACCCCUGCACACGCCACCACCACCACCACCAUCCACAGGCCUGGCUCAGGUGCUAUGCACAUUAAUUUGCCAGCAGCACUCACAUCACUAUCACCACCACCACCAACCACCACCUGCUUCUCGCACAUACCUAGCACCUGCCAACGUUUGAAGUUUUGAUUUGGGUGGUAGUCCAUUGCUUUGUUGCUGCUCUUCUUCGGGUCAUCUUUGUGUUCUUCGGCCGCCAUCCCUCUCCUUUUCUUGGAACCCCACCAACGACUUGGUCUUCAUACCCACACAUCCACCACCUUUACGUCAUUGCAUCGUCGUCUUCUGCCCUUUCUUCGUGUGCUGAGAAGUGACCAAGAUCGCGUUUGAGUCGCUUCAUCGUCGCUUCAUCAUUUUCGUCCUCGGCCUGUAAGCGAAGUAACCAAGCUUCCCGCACCACCACCACCACCGCCGCCGCCGCCACCACUAUUGGUGACCUUGGCUUGCGGACGCAACGUUCCCCAACCUGUCAUUUUCUUCUUCCCCCAAACCACACACGUCGAUGUCAAGCAACAACAUCCCAGCACCCUCAUCAGCCCUAUCAGCCCCAUCAGCCCCACCACCAGCAACAACGACGGCAGCCACCAUGCCUGUCCAGCAACCGCACUGCGAUAAUCACCAUCAACCAGAGCAUGCGCCGGCUUGCUCGUCUGCACCACAUGCACACUGCCACGAAGCUUCUUCCCCUUUGUGGGAGGUCGAUCCAUGGCACAGAUGCAAGUGCGAGCACAACCCAACAGAGCCUUGCUCCAUCUCAGGCCUCAAGGUCAUGCUCAACAACGAGCUGCGGUGUCACGUCAUUGACGUCCCCGUCCAAGAACACAUCACUCGCUUCUUCCCCCCACACCUGCAGGUCAUCAACAUGGCCCGUGUGCAGAACACGCACUUGAGAAAGGCUUACAAGCAGCGCAGGCAAGCACUUCUCGAGCAGCUGGAACAACAGCGGGCACAUAGGCCUGCAGCAGGCACGGAGCAGACAUGCAGCACCUCCGGCAGCGUCACGGACAGCACUAGUGGCACCGGUGCUGCCGUCCCCAGCAACAACAGCAAUUGCAACGACAAGUCCGACAACAACGACGACAACAGCGAUGACAACCAGCCCAUGGUGCUGCACCCGGACCUGGAGCUGCGCGCCUUUCACUGCACGUCUGCACCAAACAUCAACACCGUGCAUGCGUUUGGCCUGCGCAAGGAGUGCUCCCGUAUCGGCUGCUUUGGCCGCGGCAUCUACACGGCGCUCGAGCCAAACAAGGCCAACACCUACUGGCGCGCGCGCACGACCCAGCCGGGCGAGAUCCGCUUCAUGCUCGCCGUGCGCGUGCUCCCUGGCCGCAUCUUCCGCGUCCCAGACCGCACCAUCUUCCCGCCGCUCAUCCACUCCCCGCCCGCAGGGUUCGACUCGGUCCUGGGCAAUGUCGCCGACGGACCCGAGCUGGUGGCAUACAGCGACGAGCAAGUCCUCAUCGACUACAUCAUCGGCUACCGCGACCUGCGCGAGCACCAGCACCAGCACCAGCCCCAGCAGCACUUCCAGCACCAGCAGCACCAACAACAGCAGGUGCCGGUGCCUUUGCCGCUCGCACCAUCACCGACGCUGCCAACGGCCCCAACAGCUGCCGUCCUGGCAGCCGUUGCAGCAGCAGCCGCGACAGCGCAACCACAACAGCAGCAGCAGCUGCUGCUGCAACUUCAUCAACUUCAACAACAAAGGCAACACCAGCAGCAACAACACCAACACCAACAGCAGCAGCAACAACCCAUGGCUGGUAGCCACCAGUCCAGCAGCCCUGCCUCCAUCACAACACCAUCCGCUGCGCAGCACCAGCACCAGCACCAGCACCAGUCGCGCGUGCUGCAGCUGCCUGCGGCCGUGUGUGCGGCACCGCAUGGGGACCUUAGUGCCCGAGGCGCGGACGGCUUGACCGCCAACAGCGACACGCCCUUUCUCUGCCAGCGCCACAGCAACAGCGAGCAGGAGAACCGAACCCACCACAAGCACAGGGCAACGCGCACCAGCAUCCCUGCGCCAAAGACCACACGAAGCAAGGCACGCGCCACCACGCGUGCGGCAUCGUCAUCAAAGGCACAGCAUGGCCGCCGCCGCCACCACCGUCAUCGUCACCACCAGCGCCGCAUCUCCACCGCCCUCGCCACACGCACCACCAACACUGUCGUCGGCCACACAACUUCUUCGUCUUCUUGAUAUGUUGGUUGAAAUGCCCAAACCUCAUGUCUUCCUUCCCACUCUUUUGCCCUUGAUUUUGUCUUGCCAGCCUUCUUGCUCCUCACCUUUUUUCACCAUCACCACCCUUUUGUUGAUUUAUCUUCCCUUUCCUCCCACCCAAGUACGCAACUCCCUCCCAAGUAACCUGCACAUAUGCGAUAGUAUUCGGUGUUUGUUGUUCCUUUGUUGAAUCCCUUGCGCAUCAAAUGUCGCCAGCGCACUUUGUUUUGAUGUUGUAGCUGCAGCAUAACUACCCCCCUUCUCUGCUCGUAACCAUAGCUUUCGAGACUCGUUUGCUGACUGCUUCUUGGAUCAGUCGCUGUAAUAACUGUGCGCUUUGCCACGCUCGCGUGGAGUUGGUCGCAUCAAGUAACACCCAGUGCUAGUCGAACA